GCGACAAAAGGAAAGCACCAAAAGCUAAGAAAACGAACGUACCAAAAGCUAAGAAAACGAAAGCGACAAAACGAACGCACCAGAAGCUAAGAAAACGAAAGAACGAAAGAAAACAAUAUUAUGAAUAA